AUGAUAAAUGCAGGAAGAAGCAGGAAUUCAGUACUGCUGGCACGUAGGUUCCUUUCAACGGGAGGAUUUUGGCAAGGCAGUACGAAUGGUACAAUGUCUCGCACAAUUAACAACGUGAAUCCUUUUAAAUUAAGAUUCAUACCGAAAACAGCGCCUACAGCAACCGAGGUUGCCUCUACAGAUGGACAGCUUUCGGGCAAGAAGCCCUUCAAGUUCAUAGUUUCCAAUCAGAGCGCGGCCAAGAAGGCUGGUAAGAGCCCGAAGUGGUCAAGCUACGCCUUUCCCUCACCUGAGACCAUCAAAUCUCAUGAGGAGGCCGUUAAGAGACAGAAUCAAGCCAUAGAUGAACAAAAGAUCGCUGCAGAGGCCAAGAGUGACUGCUCUUGCACGGAGCCUCCCAAGAAAAGAAAGAGAAAACUGAGGCCAAGAAAGGCGCUUAUCACCCUCAGUCCGAAGGCGGUUAAGCAUUUGAGGGGGCUUCUGGCUCAGCCGGAACCUAAAUUGAUUAGAGUUAGCGCUAGGAACCGUGGAUGUUCCGGACUAACUUACGAUUUGCAAUACAUAAGCGAGCCGGGGAAAUUUGAUGAGGUUGUAGAACAAGAUGGUGUCAAGAUCGUUAUUGACUCGAAGGCCUUAUUCAGCAUAAUUGGAAGUGAAAUGGACUGGGUUGACGAUAAGUUGGCCUCUAAGUUUGUGUUCAAGAAUCCGAACUCCAAAGGCACUUGCGGUUGUGGCGAGAGUUUUAUGGUUUAA